GGCUAGGGAUUGGCAGAGAAAGCGGUGGCGGGGAGUUUUCGAGAGUUUCAACGCGUCAUCUGGAAUCAGCUGUAACCUCCUAGCCAUUUACUAUUCCACACAAUCGAUUGCGGCGAACGAUGACGUAAUAAGGAUACGAGGCCAGGAUACGCACUCUCUGACGAGCAGAGGAGGAACGCGUUCAUCCACUGGCGACGGUGGUGGUGGAUGCGUGGCGCCCACCAGAGAGAGCCGAUCCGUUCUUGCUCUCGCACGACAAACGAAGAACGAAGAGGGAUAGAGGGGACAGGGGGUUGAGAGAGCGGUAUAAAUGUAGCUCGCGCAAGUUCCACCAAUCAUUCGCCCUCUGACCUCGAAACUCUUGGAGCUCUUUCGCCUCUCUUCAAUUACUUGGCGGUAUCCGAGAAACGUACGCUGCUACCAGCCGUACGUACGCUACCACUUCGAGCAGCGUCCCUCGUGAAGAAGAGGAGGAAGCGGUACCAAAGGACGGAACAGACGCGGGACCAGUACUAUCGUGGUUACACAGCGACGGGCAGUAGAACGAAAGGUUCCCUUAUCAACAAGAUGACGAUCACAUUUGUACAACGAUGCAUAAUCAUCUUCACCAUUGUCGUGUGCUACUAUCAGUCUUGGGUCAGCGCAGUGGACUGCGAGAAACAUCCGUAUGACAUUUCCUGCCGAGGUUCACAGUUAAGGAAACGUUUGCUACCAUUGCCUAUCAUGCGCACCAUAAACUGCGAUGAGACUGAUUGCAGCAAGCUUCCUAGAAUGAAAUUCUUGAUCGCAAUUCUCGAUGACAAUCCCAGAGACGUCUAUCAAGCUGCGCCUUUACCUCUUCAUUCGAAGAAGAAGCUGGCGCAGGUCGAUCAACAGGAUGUGUAUAUGGACUAUUAAUUCGGCGAUUGCAGGAUUAUGCCCUGCAAAGAGAUAACCGACCGAUUGACUACUUUCCAGACAAAUCACUCUCGUCCGUUCGAUUACCUUUUAUUACAUUAUCCGGCCUAAUUACAACGUGUUUUUCUUGAUUCUAUCCCCAAUAGAUCUUUUUCUCUCUUCUUCCUUACUUCUUGCAAAUUUGAUGAAGCGAAAAAAAAUCAAAAUGCGCGUGUGCACGCUUGUUGUUCCAGCACCUUGACUUCUCGAUAAUAAAUAUCUUGACUAGCAUGGAAAAAGAAAGGCCAGUUUACUAUCUUGUAGAAUGGACACACGCAACACGAUUACGUUUCAUAAUUUUUUAAUUUUCUUUCAGUAUUCAUUCUUAUAUUUAUAUUUUUAAAUAUAGUAUAAAUUUUAAAUAUAGAAAUAUUAACACUCUUUAGAAAUAUAUAUAUACAUAUAUAUAGCGCAUUGAAUAUUCUAAUUUUUACUAAACUUUACAGAAAUUAAUCGCGAAGAAAGUGUGUUUACAUUUACUCGUCUUCAAUUCUUACUUUUUUACGCAAUAAUAUAUUUUAGCUCGUCUUGUACACAUCUACCGAUGAAGAAAUGGAGCAAAAUGUUAUUUCACGAAUUAUUUGAAUUAUUCUUCCGAUUGUUCCGCAAAUAUACUCUUGCGUUAAAAGGACUAGAAAUCAGUGGAUCAAUUUCUUUUGGAUCCAUAAUUAUGUGUGCAUAAGAUCGUUAUGCAAACGGCAAAUCAAGUUCUUGUACAUAAAAAAAAGAGAGAUGUUAAAACAAUGUUAUGUGUGAUGUUUCAGAAUGUUUCAUCUACAUUUCAAAUAAAAUAUAUGUACAUACAUACUUGAUAAGAAAAA